AUGCUGGGAGGGAGCUGCAGGGACUCCCAGAAAAGCCACGAGGUGACCUACGACUCAGGACCCAGGAGCAUGACGCUUGAGGGGCGGGAGGCAGAUGGCCCACCACGAGCGACCCUGAUGCCCACAGCUAAUGGCAGUGGGCCAAGCCAGGAGUUGGGAGGCCACUGGCCAGAAAUCCCAGAGCGGUCCCCGUGUGUGGCUGGUGUCAUCCCUGUCAUCUACUACAGCAUCCUGCUGGGCCUGGGGCUGCCUGUCAACCUCCUGACCACAGUGGCCUUGACCCGGCUGGCCACCAGAACCAGGAAGCCAUCCUACUAUUACCUUCUGGCUCUCACGGCCUCGGAUAUCGUCACCCAGGUGGUCAUCGUGUUCGUGGGCUUCCUCCUGCAGGGGGCCGUGCUGGCCCGGCAGGUGCCCCAGGCUGUGGUGCGCUCGGCUAACAUCCUGGAGUUUGCCACCAACCACGCCUCAGUCUGGAUUGCUGUCCUGCUCACGGUGGACCGCUACAGCGCCCUGUGCCACCCGCUGCGUCACCGGGCCGCCUCGUCCCCAGGCCGGACCCGCCGGGCCAUCGCCACUGUCCUCGGUGCCGCCCUGUUGACGGGCAUCCCCUUCUACUGGUGGCUGGAUGUGUGGAGGGACGUGGACCCCCCCAGCAUGCUGGACGAGGUCCUCAAGUGGGCUCACUGCUUCACGGUCUAUUUUAUCCCUUGUGGCGUCUUCCUGGUCACCAACUUGGCCAUUGUCUGCCGGCUGCGGAGGAAGAGCCAGAGUGGGCUGCGGCCCCGGGUGGGCAAGAGUACAGCCAUCCUCCUGGGCGUCACCACCCUCUUCGCCCUCCUUUGGGCACCCCGGAUCUUUGUCAUGCUCUACCACCUGUAUGUGGCCCCCGUCCACCGCGACUGGAGGGUCCACCUGGCCUUGGACGUGGCCAACAUGGCCGCCAUGCUCAACACGGCAGUCAACUUUGGCCUCUACUGCUUUGUCAGCAAGACUUUCCGGGCCACCAUCCGAGAGGUCGUCCACGAUGCCCACCUGCCCUGCACGCUGGGGUCACGGCCAGAGGGUACGGUGGUGGACCCUGCGCUAAAGCCUCCAGGACUUCCCAAAGGGGCAGAACGGUAG